AUGCAUGAACGAUCUGUGGAAGCUGAGGAUCUCAGCGAUUGUCUCGGGCUGAGCCCGCUGCGCCCCGCGGAGACAAAUGAGAACCAUAUAAGUUGUGAGGAAAUGCUGCUCGUUGGAAUUGGCGCAUCGGCUGCCGCGGGGGCUGCUCUUGUGCUGCCGCUGCUGCUCUAUUACCACUUUGUGGACCGUAAGAAGAGCACCCUUGUGACGGGUCUUACCUUCUGCUGCACCCUGACUUCCGCUCUUCUUUUGGCCCUUCUAGUACCUAUAGACAUAAUGCAAGCAUCUACAGCAAAUUCGGAUUCUAUGCAAGUCCCAGAAGAACCGAGGGCAGUGCAGGCCCCAUCUGUUGCGGAGGCAGCGGCCGCUGCUCAUGCUGCCAACGCCUCUUCCGCGUUUACCCCUGCGGGUGCGGCAGCAGCAGCAGCAGCUGCUGCUGGCUGGGCGGCUCUGAGAAGUGCUACUCUGCCGCUCACAGCAGACCUUCUUCAGCGCAUCUAUCUAUUCCUUGGGGUUGCGGUUUUUGUCUGCUGCUUCCUCCUAACCCCCGCGGCCGUCUUCUACGCCAAUGAGCGCAACAGAAGAUGCGCGCAGGAUGUGGACGAGGAUGACUCGCUUCCGUGCGAGGCACUUUUCGUAGCCCUUCGGAAAACCGGCUUCUUCGUCCUGGCUCUAUGUGCUGUGCUGCUGCUGCUUCUAGCGCUGAGACCAGGGAUGCCUUCCCCUGCCUUUCUAAGGCCGGAAAAAACAGCUCUUCCGCCGGUAGCGCCAGAGCAGCAACAGCUCAGGCCACCAAACCCUGAAGGGACAAGCCCCGCAGCUCAAGUCGUGUGGAUUGUCUUCGGCGCUUUUGGCUUGGCGACUCUCCCUUUCGCAUGGCUCUACCGCGGCCUGUCAACCCAACAGAAACAGCGGCAGGUGCAGCAUGAGAUUGCAACAUUACGAGAGCAACAGCGUCAGCUCCAGAGAAAGUACGCUGGGGGACUCCAUGAGAUGAGGCCCGAAGACUCUGAAGCCCUGGAGAAGCUCAGGGUACAGCAGCGGUUGUGCAGCGAAAGGAACUACAAGCUACAAUACCCUCCCACCGAUCUGUGGUUGGUUUGCUGUUGGCUGCUGCUUCUGCUCCUGGGCGGACUAUAUGGACUUCUCGAGCUGUUACCACGCUGCAAGUUGAGGCGCACGGGCAUGCGAGAAUUACAGCAACACAUGAGUGUAAAGGGCGGACGCAGCUCUCCACAAGCGGCUCCUCAGUACGCUUCGUUCGGGAACCAGACGUUCGUGCCCCAGAACGGAUCGGAUGCCAUCACGUGCACAUUACACGCUGCAGCUGCAGGCACUUCGUGUCAUCUCACAAUAUUCGCUGCUGCUCUUUCCCAAGUGGCUUUUGUUUGCAUCAUUCUGUGCUUGGCAUAUGCGGCAAUUUGCAAACGCGCCGCACCGCAUCUUGGGGACCCCUGGGACUCUCAGCAACUGCGAAAGGCAGCGGAAGACCUCGAAGACAUGGCAAUUCUUGAUGAAUCCGCCAGCCUUAUUGGCACGUAG